CCAGCGUCCCCUCAGCACAGCACAGCACAUCGCUCGCACAGCCUGAACUAGCACCGCUACAGACGCGUGUGUGAUGCGGUGCGGUAGGCCUCCCAGGGGCAGCAGAACCCACCAGAAUGAAAACUACUGAAGAGAAGAGUGCAAGCACACCUCGUGUGAGGUUAGCCGUUCUGGGGCAGACCAAUGUCGGGAAGUCUGCCUUGACUGUCCGCUACCUGACCAGGCGAUAUAUAGGCGAAUAUCGGUCUGAUACUGAUCUACUGUACCGGCAGACCGUGAACGUGAACAACGGGCCGGUAGACGUAGAGAUAGUGGACGUGUCUGGAGAGUCGAACGAGAGGCCGCUGCCCGCGGAGCAGGUGGAGUGGUCGGACGCGUGCGUGCUCGUCUACUCCGUCACGGACCGGCGCUCCUUCGACUACAGCCAGCAGGUGCUGCAGCAGCUGAGCCAGGCGGGCAAGCCCACGGCGCUGAUCGCCAACAAGGCAGACCUCGACCACCUCAGGCAGGUGACUGAAGAGGAGGGCCGGCGGGCGGCAUCCGAUGGCGGCUUCGCCUUCUACGAGGUGUCCGCCGUGGACGACACGGCCGGCCUCUACCAGGCGUUCGACUCGCUGCUGGCCGAGUGCCGCGCCGCUCAGCAGCACCAGCCCAAGGCGCGCAAGUUCUCCGUCUCCAAGAUGCUGGGCACGCUGAUCGGCAAGCAGCAGCCGCAGCCGCCCCCGCCACCCCCGGGCGCCGCCCCCGGAGGCGGCACCGUCGUCGAGUUCCACAUCGCGGAGGCGCACGGGUCGCGCCGCCACAGCCGCAGGAUCAACCUGGUGGCCGCCGCUUCUUCGUGACGUCAUCCACCGCAGCGCAACCUCUCCUCACGGGCUGCACGCAGUCCCUCGCUGGCCUCCCGGCGGUGUUCCGUUGCAGGGCCGGAACCGGUGCGGGAGCUUUACGUCUCAACAUCUCGAGUCUAAAUUCCAGACACCUCAUAGAAUGAGCGCUGUCUCAGGUCGGCGACCUUAGGAAGCAGCGUCUUCACUGAAGGCGCAGGUGCUUUGUUGAGGCCGAUUUUCUUCGCUGAGACAUGUCUCACAGUAGUGAUUACCACUUCAUUCAAUGCUGUGGCUUACGUGCACAGUUCUGUGCUCGAAAUGUAUUGUCACAAACACUACUGCACAACGUGGCUGACAGUAUUGCCUAACAUGUGGCUCCAAUAUUUCCGGUCAACAUUGCCGGCCUAUACAAAAGCCAAUAUGAAAUGUCUAUGACCUGUGGCAUAAGAAUUAAUAUUCUCAUAAGGCACUAUACGACAACUCAAUCCAGAAACAAAACUCUUUAGUGUCUGGCUCAAUGUGAUACGCUUCACACUCAAUUUACGUAUGUAAACUAUUAAUCUCUAUAUGAAACUUUC